GGGAGAUGCGAUGUAGAGUACGCAGGAAGUACGCAGGAAUCCUCUCCUCGGAGUCCCGUCCUCGGAACAACAUCACUCUCAUCUUCCAUGCCUACAUACCGGUACUUGCUCAUCACCAGCAUCUCCGAGCCUCAUUCCGUGCUUUACUCUACCCGACGCAUACAUAGACCGCUGGGCAGCUAUCCAUUUCUUCCCUGCGCUAUCCCCGUCAAAUGCGCUUCCACCCUCGUAUCUAUCCGUGUCUCCCGCGCCAUCAUCCCAGUCUUUCCGCCGUUUUUACGCCUUUUGCCGUCGUUAUCCUUGCACUUGGGUUCUGCGCCGGAGCUCCGACAGUGCUGUAGCUUCGAGAAAAGCUGUUGUUGCGCGGACGUCGGACUUUAUAAACCAGAUGAUCGAAUUCGCGAGAGACGUCAACCAUUUACACGUAUCAGACGGCGACAGACAGCGACGAUGCCAUACUUUCAAACUCUUCAGGACAGACGCUUGUCUCGGCAGGAUGCAGACAUCCCGGCAUUUGCCAGACGUACUCUAGGCGACGAAGAGCUAUGCGUUGUAAGGGCGGAUUUGCGUUCAUGGCCUGGGAUGUCGGCUGCGGUAAAGUGCCGGCAUCAUACUACCGGUCGUACGGGUUUGAAAUUUGAAGAAACCGACACCUUGCCCCCUGUGGCCGGUUGCGGAUCGUACCGGCAUUUGGAAGUGCCCGUGUUCUCUCGAAUUCAGUACCUACCGGUAGGUACUUGGGUAAGUACUUGCCUGGGUAUUCAGUAGAUGUUUCAAGCCGACAGUCCAGCCUGUGAUGAUGACCCAGAGUCUAUGUGCCGGUCACAUCUCGGAGUAUAAUCACGUCGGGAUGCGAAGCGGAAGCGGCUCCGGGAUCUGUAUGGCGGGCUAGGAGGGCGCGUGCGGUGGGUUUGGCGGCGGCGGUGGAGACAAUAUAGUACUUUCGAAUCGGCUUCGAAGCUUCUAGUAGCCCAU